UCCACCCAAUCACCAGCUGACACUCUCCCCUCCCCCAUUUCCUCUCCCCUUGCCCGCGGAGAUCCAUCCCCCUCUUUUCCAGCUCCUGCUCAGGCGAGACACACACACACACACACACAGAGAGAAGCUCGCCGGCGAGGAAGCUGAGACCGAGUACAGCAGCCCCAGCAAGCAAGGACCGACGGAGGGAGGCCGCCUUUUUCCUUCGUCCUCCAGCCCAUCCACCAGGGGAUCGGCAGGAGGUGAGGUGAGCGGAGCUGAGCGGCGAUGAUGACGAGGGAGUCGUGGAUGGAGGUGCUGCCGCCGACGGCGAUGGGCCACUACGUCGGGCCGCGGGGCUGGUUCGCGCCGCCGCCGCGGGCAUGGACGGCCGACGAGAACAAGCAGUUCGAGCGGGCGCUGGCCGGGCUCGACCUGCGCCGCCCGGACUGGGACAAGGUGGCGCACGCCACCGGCAAGACGGUCGUCGAGGUCAUGGACCACUUCAAGAGCCUCGAGCUCGACGUCCGCCAGAUCGAGUCCGGCAUGGUGCCCUUCCCCGGCUACGGCCCCGGCGCCGGCGGCGGUGGACCGGCGGCCGCCUUCACCCUGCAGUGGGACGGCAGCGGGGGCCACGCCGGGGCCGGGGACUUCCGGCACGGGUACCGGUUCGGCGGCUGCGGCGGCGGGAGGCGGCACGGCGGCCGCACGCCGGAGCAGGAGAGGAAGAAGGGGGUGCCGUGGACCGAGGACGAGCACAAGUUGUUCCUCCUAGGCCUGAAGAAGUACGGCAAAGGGGACUGGAGGAACAUUUCGCGCAACUUCGUGCAGACGAGGACGCCGACGCAGGUGGCCAGCCACGCGCAGAAGUACUUCAUCAGGCUCAGCUCCGGUGGAGGCAAGGACAAGAGGAGGUCGAGCAUCCACGACAUCACCACGGUGCACCUGACCGACGACCAGCCUCCCUCGCCGUCCCAGUCAUCCAUGAUCACCCAGUCCAGCGCACCGGCUCCGAGCUCAGCAACAGGGCAGUUCUCGCUGCCACCCGACACCAAGCAGCACGGCGGAGCGAAUGCGCCAUACAACUCGCCGAGCCGGACGAUGGGGAUGCCGAGCUAUGGCAUGGGUUUGCAAGAUCAGGGUCUUCAGUGUGGUCCUCUACAUGAUCAGCUGGCCGCGAACCGGAGUAUGUUGUAUUAGAAGAUGCAACCGUUCGAUCCAUUUCAACGAAAACCGACCAGAAGCCUAGUGUAAUAUGGCCUUUGCUGUAGCUUCACUGCCUGUAUUAUUAUUGGAGUAAGUAAUUGAUUAUGGGGAUUUUUCAGAACAUAGCAGAGAGAGAGGUAUGAUGCUGGUGAUGCUUGGUACUAGUCCAUAAUUUCUGGUGUGGAUACUGAGAAUGUAAGGGAAAAGAUUGUCAAGAACCUGCUUGAUGCUGUAGUAUCUUGAGACGAGCAGACAGGGAAUACUAGUGCUCAGUACUGAUCA